AAAACACAAGUAGCUCAAGCAAGUAGUUCAUCAAGAAGAAAAGAAGAGCCAUGAAUAUAACCUACAACCCAUCCACCUCCAAAUACUCCGUCAACUUCGCCGGAAAAGCCAUAGCCACCACCGUCACCGACAAAGCGGCCACCGCGGACGAAUGGGUACGUGAAAUUCUCUCCAUAUAUGCCAACAAGCCCACGGUGGUAGGCCUAGACAUCGAAUGGCGGCCCCACCCCAUCCGAUCGAUGAGCAACAAAUCAGCAACAUUGCAACUCUGCAUAGAUGACAAGUGCUUGAUCGUCCAACUCUUCUACGUGGACGAAAUCCCUCAGUCCCUCAAGAGUUUCAUGGCGGACUCUAACUUCACUUUCGUGGGGAUUGAGGUUGGUGACGACAUAGCGAAGCUGAAGAAUGAGUAUGGGCUGGAGUGCAGCAAGAGUGAGGACAUUCGUGUGGCGGCAAUGAGGCGUUGGCCGGGGAGGUUCCGCCGUCCCGGGCUGAAGGAUCUGGCGUUGGAAGUGGUGGGGCUGAACAUGAGGAAGCCUAGGCAUGUUACCAUGAGUAACUGGGAGGCUAGGGUUCUUAAUGAGAACCAGGUUGAAUAUGCUUGCAUUGAUGCUUACGCUUCUUAUAGGAUUGGUUACAAGCUGCUCAUGGAAAAUUAAUUGGCUUUAAUUAAUAUCUCUGUUUCGUGCGUGAAAUUUACUGUUUGUGAUCGGUGAUCGUUAGUGUGUGUUUUGAGUUAUGUACUAAUGGGCUGCAUUAAAGUUUAUAUAAUAUGAAUAUUAUGGUACUUGAAUUUGAAGUUUUUAUA